UCUCCAGUCGCUACAUACCAUAUAUUCUUAUGCCUAUCGGCUGCUGUCACAAAAAUAUUAUUUGGCAAAUGCGCGCACCUACACUGAACAAUAACAUUGGCUGACAUGUAUUCGUCACCCCAAACGAUGUCGCUGUUCACAAUAGUUCAUCUGAGUUGAGUUCCCUUACAGUAUUUCAUACAGCACGACCAAAGGCAGUGGUUGCUGCUGUGAGGGAAAAUACCGUGCCGCAUAUAAAACAGUUUAUUUGAGGACAAUAAGCUGCAGCUCAUCGCCCGGGUGGUUUGCCACCUUCUUUGGAUAGAUAACAGUAGUUAAGAAUGGACAAUUAAAAAAAUAUACAGCCAGACAUGUUCCGAAAAUGCACUAUGUUGAAUAAAUUAUUAUAUUAAGGCAUUUUUAUCUAAAAAAAGACCGUCUCUCUAUGGCUGGCAUCUUCAGAACCCGGAAGUGCGCUGUCCAACCAACCAAUAGUAUAAAAAAAACGCCUCCGCCAAUGACUCAAGCAAAGGAAGGAGGUGAGAUUAACCGGGAUCCACAUAGCAGCAGCGGUCCCAUUAUAAUAAAGGGAAAUAAGAGAAAUGGGCAGCACCGACUCUAAGCUGAAUUUCAGGAAAGCGGUGAUACAGCUGACAACCAAAACACAGCCAGUGGAGGCCACAGACGAUGCUUUCUGGGAUCAGUUCUGGGCAGACACCAGCACCACCAUCCAGGAUGUUUUUGCACUGGUGCCAGCUGCAGAGAUUAGAGCCGUUCGAGAAGAGUCCCCCUCAAAUUUAGCCACCCUCUGCUAUAAGGCGGUGGAGAAGCUGGUGCAGGGGGCAGAGUCCGGCUGUCCCACGGAGAGGGAGAAGCAGGUGGUGCUCAACUGCACCCACAUUCUGACCCGCAUCCUGCCCUACAUCUUUGAGGACCAGGACUGGAGGGGAUUCUUCUGGUCCACUGUGCCUGGUGCUGGACGGGCCGGGACAGAUGAGAUGGAUGAUGAUGACGGAGCUCGUCCGCUGGCUGAAUCGCUGCUGCUGGCUAUUGCUGACCUGCUCUUCUGCCCAGACUUCACCGUGCACAGCCACAAGAGAGGCCCUGACUCAGUGGAGGAUAUGCAGUCUAUAGACAGCUGUGAGUACAUCUGGGAGGCAGGAGUGGGCUUCGCACAGUCCCCCCCUCUAAACUACAUCCAUGACCUGAACAGGACAGAGUUGCUGAGAUUGUUACUAACCUGCUUCUCUGAGGCUAUGUACCUGCCCCCUUCAUCAGACAACAAUGUACUUAACCCUUGGGUGACUUUCUUCUGCUCCACAGAAAAUAGGCAUGCCCUGCCUCUGUUCACCUCUCUGCUCAAUGUGGUGUGCGCCUAUGAUCCAGUGGGCUAUGGCAUCCCAUAUAACCACCUGCUGUUUGCUGACUACCGGGAGCAGCUGGUGGAGCAGGCAGUACAGAUCCUUAUUGUCGCACUGGAGCACGAGGGAGGGCUCGCCCAUCGCUCUGCCUCUCCAUCCAGCAUGGAGGAGCAGGAGCCAACAGGCCCUGAGAACCUGUUUGUGAAUUAUUUGUCGAGAAUUCACAGAGAAGAGGACUACGACUUUGUAUUGAAGGGCCUAGCUCGUCUGCUGACCAACCCCCUGACUCAGACCUACCUACCCAACUCCACCAAGAAGAUCCAGUUCCACCAAGAGCUGCUAGUGCUCUUCUGGAAGCUCUGCGACUUCAAUAAGAAGUUCCUGUUUUUUGUCCUGAAGAGUAGUGAUGUGCUGGACAUUCUGGUGCCUAUACUCUUCUACCUGAAUGAUGCCAGGGCUGACCAGUCCCGUGUUGGACUCAUGCACAUCGGCGUGUUCAUCUUACUCCUGCUGAGUGGAGAGAGAAACUUUGGCGUACGUUUGAACAAGCCCUACUCCAUCCAUGUACCUAUGGACAUCCCAGUGUUCACAGGGACCCAUGCUGACCUUCUAAUAGUGGUGUUCCACAAAAUUAUCACCAGUGGGCACCAGCGUCUGCAGCCUCUGUUUGACUGUCUACUCACCAUUGUUGUGAAUGUGUCUCCCUACCUGAAGAGCCUGUCCAUGGUUGCAGCUAAUAAACUGCUCCACCUACUGGAGGCUUUCUCCACCAACUGGUUCCUCUUCUCUGCAGCCCAGAACCACCACCUUGUAUUCUUUCUGCUUGAGGCUUUUAACAAUAUUAUCCAGUACCAGUUUGAUGGAAAUUGCAACCUGGUAUACGCCAUCAUUCGUAAACGUAAUGUGUUCCACCAGCUGGCCAACCUGCCUUCUGAUCCGGCCUCCAUCCAAAAGGCUUUACAGAGGAAGAGGAAGUCACCAGACGUCAUUUCCCGUACCAGCUCUCAGGAGACUGUCUCCAUGGAGGGCUCCCACCCCGCUGUGCCUGCAGAGCCUGGUACACUGAAGGCCAGUCUGGUUGCAAUGCCAGGUAUUGAUAAACUGACAGAGAAGUCCCAGGUAUCAGAGGAUGGGACUAUGGUGUCAGUUCCAAAGACAGACGCCCCUCACACACCCCACUCAGACCAAAGUGCCAUUGCUGGAACUAGUGACACAGAGUCAAAUUCAGGCAGAGACAAUGAAGAUGUUUUCUACACUGAGGCUGAAAUGGAGAGAAGGCGUUUGUCAAGUGCAUCUUCAACAUCCUACUGGUCCCCAACUCCAGAUUGGGUUCUCUCCUGGAAAUGUAAACUCCCCCUUCAGACUAUCAUGCGUCUGCUGCAAGUGCUAGUGCCCCAAGUGGAGAAGAUCUGCAUUGAUAAGGGCUUGACAGAUGAGUCGGAGAUCCUGAAGUUUCUCCAGCAUGGCACGCUAGUGGGCCUGCUGCCAGUUCCUCACCCCAUCCUCAUCAGAAAGUAUCAGGCCAAUGCAGGCACUGCCAUGUGGUUCCGCACCUACAUGUGGGGUGUGGUCUACUUACGCAACGUGGACCCUCCUAUCUGGUAUGAUACUGAUGUCCGCCUAUUUGAGAUCCAAAGGAUGUAGAUAGGACGUUCCCUGGCUGGAAAUGGGACUGGUCAGCUCCAGAGGUCCUGUUUGUUUUGGUAUCUGCUGGUUCCCCCAGUAAACCUCACUGUGUUUAACUUGCCUCAUCAUAGUCAUCAUGCUUGCUCCCCUUCACCACCAACUUGGGUAGGAGAGUCAUCUAGAUGAGUGAGGGUAGAGGUACCUCUAGGAGGAGGAAGAGGAUUAUUGAAUUAUCAAUUACUCAAUUAUCAAUAUAGUUUGUAAAUAGCUGUUUGUACAUUUCCUCAGACCACAGAAUGUUGUUGAAAAGUGCUGAGAUGACUGUAACAGAAACAAAAUAUUUUCAUCAGAUUUGGUAUUAGAGAUAUGGUGCUCUCUAAUAGAAGCUUGUAACAUGGAUGGAACAACACUGAUGAGCCACGUUAUUUGUUGUCAUGAGUAUUUGCCAUGUUUUAAAGUGAACUUGCACCCUUCUUAUCUCCUGUUAUGUAUGGUUGUAGUUUGUUUAUGUGACAUUGUAACUCUACAGAACUUUGGAGACAUAUUUAAUUGCAAACUAUACAAACUGUAUGUUUUUAUGUAUAUGAAUGACUAUCUGAGGUUCUGCUCCAGCUGAGUAUGUUGUAUAUACUAUGGUUGAUGUAGAAAAGUGGUAUUUUCCUUAAAUUAUCCUGAAAAUAUAUACUAAAAAGCAUUGUGUUGUUCACGA